ACUUCUGAGCCAGUUCCAGCUACAGAUAUCUAGUUCAUCAUGCGCUUCGCUCUGCUCGCUGUCUUCCUCUUCGGAGUGAUCUUUGCAAUUGUGUCCGCCGGUGGAAGCGGCGGAGGAGGAGGCGGUGGCCAAGGAGGCUGGCAGAAGAAUGGAGGUGGAGGAGGUGGCCAAGGAGGCUGGCAACAGGGAGGAGGUGGCCAUAAGCAAGGAGGAGGAGGCGGCGGUGGCCAAGGAGGUUGGCAGAAGGGCGGUGGCGGCGGUGGCAAGCAUGGAGGCGGUGGAGGAGGUGGUGGCAAGCAUGGAGGCGGCGGAGGAGGUGGUGGCAAGCACGGCGGUGGCGGUUGGUAAAUCCCAAAGAUCCUCGAACGAAACACUGAAAAUACUCCAGCGGCUACUCAAAUUCUGAUGCAACGUAUCACUUUAAAAUCUUUCUUCAGCAUUGCUGAUCUCCUAACAACAAAACCUCUUUGUUCUGAGCUCAAUUGUUUUAAACUAGCAACAUUUUUUCUUUCUCUUAUUUGAAUAAAUAUUUCGUCUUGCAAAUCACAAAA